UGCUGCGGCACGUGCGCACGGAAAAGAGACGAGGUCAGGACCACUUACCCAAGGGGGAAAAAGGAAAGCGGUACCAGAUGUCAUUUUUUUUAUUCGCACAGGGAAAAUCUGAGGCUGCGGCGCGGAUGCGAAGCAUUGCGGCGAGAAAGAGAUAAACGAGAGAAGGGUCGAGUGGCCCGGCUGCUCUCUUUUACCUGCUGCUGCUGCUGCUGCUGCUGCCAAUACGUGGGAGUGGGGUUUGGGUUACUGUGGAUGCAAGGGAUAAAAUCAAAAGAACCGGUUCCGUAGGGGGCGGAAAAGGAGCCACGCCGAAGAGUGAGAGUUAAGAGUUUCUAGAGAGAGACGAUGGUGGGCUCGGGCGCAGGAGGGGAUAGUAGGAGCAAAGAGGCGGUGGGGAUGAUGGCUCUCCACGAGGCCCUCAGGAACGUCUGCCUCAACUCGGACUGGACUUACUCCGUCUUCUGGACCAUCCGUCCUCGACCGCGAUGCAGAGGAGGGAACGGCUGCAAGGUGGGCGACGACAAUGGCAGCUUGAUGCUGAUGUGGGAGGAUGGCUUCUGCCGGUCGAGGGUGGCGGAGUGCUUGGAGGAGAUGGACGGUGAGGAUCCGGUCAGGAAGGCCUUCAGCAAGAUGUCCAUUCAGCUGUACAAUUAUGGAGAAGGAUUGAUGGGUAAGGUGGCCUCUGAUAAGUGUCACAAAUGGGUAUUCAAAGAACCUUCUGAAUGCGAACCCAACAUCUCCAACUACUGGCAGAGCUCUUUUGAUGCUCUUCCUCCUGAAUGGACCGAUCAAUUUGCAUCUGGAAUUCAGACUAUAGCUGUGAUUCAAGCUGGCCAUGGGCUCCUACAGCUGGGUUCUUGUAAGAUUAUACCCGAGGACUUGCAUUUUGUGCUGAGAAUGAGACACAUGUUUGAAUCACUGGGUUACCAGUCCGGCUUCUUCCUCUCUCAGCUAUUCUCCUCAACCAGGAGCAGCUCACCUUCAUCAUCUGCGCCGCUCAAACAAACUCCGACGCGCCCUCCGCCGCCAAUCUUUAAUUGGAGCCAACCGCCGCUCCCUUCCACCUCCCCGGUCGCUCCCCCGGCUUUCCACCCUUCGGCCAGGAUCGGAUUUCCGAACAGCAGAGAUGACACCCAGCUCUUCCUCCUCCCUCAUUCCUCGGAGGCCCCCCCGAUGGAUGACAUGAUCGCCGACCACGAGCCCGACCUGAAAUGGCCCAGUGGGCUGUCUUUCUUCACUGCUCUCACCGGAAGGACCGAUGAUGCGAAGCUUCUCUUCGGCACCGAGGGCCUCGGCGACAAGCCACCGACUGCUGCUUCUCCUAUGAACAUCACGGAUGAGGUGAAGGCGGUCGCUGGAGCUUCAAACUUUCAAAGCCAGGGAAACAGAGGCGAAACCGGUGCGACGCUCGGUCGUAGCAGCACAGAGGACUACUUGAGCUCGGAAAGCCAUUCCAACAAGGCAAGGAAAAUGGAGAACACUAAGUUCAAGAGGAGCCUCACAUUGCCUGCAAGAAUGACUCCAUCUUCCUCGUCGUCUUCUUUGGAUCAUCACCAUGCAACAACACCUCAAGCCAUGGAGUACCGGAGCUCCGAGGCUGGGAUCUACUCGGACAUCAUGGAGACCUUCUUGGAAUAAUCUGAGAGGUGGAAGUGUGAGAGGAGGGUGUAACCUACCUAGGGGAUGAUACCUUUUCCUUCUCUUAAUGGCCCGCCCGCUCUUCAAACCUCAUCCCCUCGCUUUCAAGUGCUUGUUUACUCUCUAAUAUGACCUGCAGAUCGUUUCGUGUAAGAGUUGGUAUACCACCCCUCAGAAAAAAAUGCUAGCUAGAGUACUCUAGUGUUUGGACUGCACAUGUAACGCUGCUGGUAUGGCAACAAGAAAUUAAGUAAUGAAGUAGCGCGUCCGUAGGGACGUAUGGAGUCGCAUUAUUUGGAAU